AUGUGCUUACAGGAACCAAAGAGAAUCAUUCUUGGGCAAACAGAGGUGUUCCGAAGAAAAAAUGGUAUUAUACGUCAAGUACAAUCAAAUGAUGAAGCACAUUACAUACCAUUGCUUGAAAGCCUCAAAAAUCUAUUGAGUGAUGAAUUCAUUCUUAAUGAGGUAGUUGAAAACAAUUAAAAGACAUUGGGUCGUUCCAGAAAAGAUCCAUACUUUCCCCAUGGAGGAAAUUUCUGCCGUCUGGAGGGGGAGGGGAGAAAAAAUUGUUUCUGAGAAUAGUAAAUGUAUUAAUUAGGACAUCCGAAGGGGGUAGUGGGAUUAACUUCCUAUAUCCUCCAUGGGGGUGGUAUGCAUGUUUUCUGGAAUGACCCGUUGCGCUAAAGUAUACUGUAGUAAAGUAUUCAUUUGGUAUUUUUGUGUUGCUUUCAUAAAAGUAGCUGCAAAAUGCUAAUUUGUAGUGAACUCAUAUACUUAAACUUAGUUGGUAACCUUUAUGACCUGAUGUACUUUGUAUAUUAUAUGUAUAUUAUUAUUGUAUAUAGCAAGACGUAGAAAAUUCGAUCAUAUUACCCCUGUUAUGAAAGAGCUGCACUGGCUUCCCGUUAGCCAAUGUAUGAUUUACAACAUACUUCUCAUCACUUACAAGGCUAUAAACGGUCUCGCACCAAGUUAUAUUGGGGAUAUGCUACAGCAGCUCAAAUCAACAAUGAAUCUACUUUCAUUGAUGAAAGGAUUUCUCUCAGUACCACCCAUAAAGUUGGUCAACUAUGGUCAAAGAUCAUUUUCAUAUGCCGUGCCAAAACUAUGGAAUGAACUUCCAGAUUCAGUAUGCCAUAGUGGAUCCAUAUCUACUUUUAAAACAAAAUUGAAGACAUAUUUAUUUAGAAAUUUCUAUAAGUAAUUGAACACUGUACAAGUCUGUAGUUUUGCCAAUUUUAAAUAUUAUUUGUUGCAUCUAACUAUUUAACUGACUUUUUUAUCUAAUUGACUUUUUUACUCUUAUAUGGUAAAGGUAAAUAUACAAAAUUUUAAAAGGAUUGUUGUAAAUAGUGCUAAAAUUUUAAAAUUUUCUAAAUAUUGUAAAGCGCCAUUGAGCUGUGGGAAAUGGCACUAUAGAAAUACAUGUUAUUAUUAUUAUUAUUCAAGAUUGAGAGUCCUCACAUAAGCACAGAUGGAUUAAUUAAAGAUUAUUGUGAUGGUGAAAACUACAAGACACAUCCUCUCUUUUCAUUGAAACCGACAGCCUUGCAGAUUAUGCUUUAUUAUGAUGACUUGGAGACAUGUAAUGUUCUUGGAUCCAGAGUAAAUAAACACAAACUAGGUACUGUAAUCUUUCUAUCUAUCUAGUAAGUAUCUUUGUCCGUCUGUCUGUCUAAUUUCUAUUUUUACAUUUGUCUGCUUAUAGUUAUUAAAAUCAGGCACCCUUGCACAUUAGAAAAAUAACUGUUUGAAAAUAGUUUACUUUUGUACAGAGUGUAUGAAAAAGUACAAACUUUUUCAUACACCCUGCAUAAAUUAUGCUUUGUACACUACAUAAUAAAAUACUGUUGUAUAAUUUUGAGCUACUGUGUAAUAUUUCAGGAGCAUUUUACUACACAUUGGGCAACGUCCGGCCAUUAUACAGAUCAUCUUUAAAGUCAAUCCAGCUCCUCUGUUUAUGCAAGACUUUGUACAUCAAGAAGUAUGGGAUUGAUGCAGUUCUGCAGCCAUUUAUGGUUGAUUUAAGAAAACUUGAACAGGUGAUUAUGUAAUGUAGUGUUUCCAGUCUUGCUAACAUAUGCAUGCUUGCAAUUAAGAUUAUAAUUGCAUGGGAAUAUCUGGAAUAGAUUUCCAAGAUCAUGACAAUUUUGCCAUUAUAUGAUAUACUGUCAAUGACAUUAAAGGUCCUCCUCAGGAUGAAUGAUAAUUUUAUAAAUAUGACCAUUCCAAUUAAGGUCAUUCAGGUAAUAAUGUUUAAGUGCCCUCUAUAUACAGCUGUGAAUCUUUUUGAUUAUUAUAUUGCAUAUUAAUUAUUCCACAUGAAUAAGAUAUGAAUAAGAUAUGUUUAUAAUUAUACUUCUUUUUGUGUCUAGGACACAGGCCAUUCUCUUGUUGUGAAUGGACAGCAGAGAACCAUUCAUGGAAGUAUAGCCUAUACAUCAGCUGAUAACCUUGGUGCACAAGCCUUGGGUGGGUUCAAAGAGAGCUGUAGUGCUCACCGGCCAUGUCGAUACUGCCUUGGCACUCUGGAUGAAAUGAAGUCUAAGGUAUAAACUGUACGAAAGGCUAAUGAUGCUGAUAACUUUAUUUGCAGGAUGUCCACCAAUGAUAAAAUCUAAAGUAUAUACUAUGCCAAAAUUUUUCUAUAUACAUGUUGUCAAAGUUCUCUGUUCACUUUUACGCUCUCUAUUGGUAUGUGCAUCAAUACAGUGGCGUAGCCAGACCUUCAUUUUUAUUUAUUUAUUUUUUUUUGGGGGGGGGGGUGAAGCGAACGUGUGAGACAUCUACGGGGUCCAGGGGCAUGAACCCCCGGGAAAAUUUUGGGAUCUAGAAUCCCUGAAAAUAUAUGCGAUUUCAAGCAUUUUGGGGGUGAAAUCUUGCAGAAUUCCGAAGAUUAUAAAGUACAUCGAAGACAUAAAGUUUCCCAGACAUUUCCAAUUUUCUACUCGGAAUUAAAUAAAUUGGAAAAGUCGCCUUGAAAAACAGGAGGAGCCGGUCAGCGUCACCUUAUUUCCCCUCUGUGAUGCUGGGGGAAGAAAAUCCCAAUGUGAUUUUGAACAGAAAUGUUGCAUUUAAAUCAUUCUAGGUUCUAUGAGACAGAAUUUCCGCAUUGUCAAAAUUGCGUUGCUUUUUUAUGCGAUACAGGAUAAGUCUGAGAAGAAUAUUCAUGCUAUGAUAAUGCAUACAUGUAAAUCUAAACUAAAUCUAUUCUUCUUGGAACCAUAUAUCUACAACUGCUUUAACGCGAGAUUUUACAAAUCAAGUUCCUCCAGUAUAUCUUCGUUUUCCUCAGUCGAGGCGUACUUAAUCAGUUUCAGCUUCAAGGAUGUAACGUGUAACCCCCCCCCCCAAUUUCUCUACGGAUUUAGCCUUUUUCAGAUAAUUUUUUUUGCGAUUGGGUGGGCCCCCCUGGCUACGCCACUGCAUCAAUAAGGAUUUUGAUUACCUACAUGUAGAAGGUCUGUCCAAAUAGGUCAAUUAUGCAGCUUACAGGCAAUUCAGUUAUCCACCACCCACAUAUACCUGGUAGGUUGGGAUAAGUUAUUACAUGCCAGAGGCAUGUAUGGGCCUUUGGACUAUGUAACUUUGAUUUCAAUCUAAACUUCAUAAAGGAAGUUAUUGAUAUGUGUUUAUUAAUACGAAUUUUGUAAUAUUGUAUGGUUACCGUAUGCAAAAUAUCAAGUUGGUAAAAGCUUUGUCUACUUUUAAUGCUAUUAUCUCAUACCCCUCAUUUCCUCAACCUCGAUAAUUCCACACAGUAUAUCACAAAAACCUCAUAAAAUAAUAAUUACAAUAUAUAAAUAUAUUUAUGUACCAAUGUUUUAUUGAUUUUUUUUAAACAAAAGUCAAAGAAGUUGCAAGACUGGUUCUUGCAGAAAGUGCAUGAAAAUAUUAUAUGCAUACGACCCCUUCUUCUAUGAUGUAAAAAUCCUAAUGUUGUUUGUUUUCUUAAUCUUUAAUUGCAGUUUCAUGAGAACGACUUUGUUUUGAGAACAAAAGAUGGCCAUGAUAAGCAAUGUGAUGAAGUUUUGACACAUGGAGAACACUUCAGUAAAACAUAUGGCAUUAAUCGCAAACCAGUUCUUAACGAAAGCAGAUAUUACCAUGUUAUUGGAGGUCUACCAGCAGACAUUAUGCAUGACAUAUUGGAGGGAGUUUUGCAGUAUGAAGUCAAGGAACUGUUAAAACAUUAUAUAUAAGUAGAACAUCUUUUUACACUAGAACAUCUCAACCAUCAAAUUGCCAGCUAUGAUUUUGGUUAUUAUAAUGAAAAGAACAGGCCAUCUCAAAUUACUGAAUUGAAGUUAUCAUCAGCCGAUAACAGUUUAAGGCAACACGGUAAGAGUUAACCAGUUACCUUGUGAAGCUCUAUGGUUGAAUGAGACUUAUUUAACUAUCUAGCAUCAGCUAAUUGUAUUUACUUUUAGGGUAUAGCACUGUAGGCAACUUAUAUUUAAUAUAUAUUCAUUUAUACAUAUACAUAUAUAUAUUUCUAUUGUUCUAGCUGUGCAGAUGUGGUGCUUGGGAAUCCAUUUGCCUCUAAUGAUUGGUGAUAUGAUUCCAACUGAUGAUGCUCACUGGAACCUUUUCAUAAAAUUACUUGAGAUAAUGUCUAUAUGUUUUUCGCCAACAAUAUCUGCAGAUCAAAUGGCGUACCUGCAAAUCUUGAUCCAGGAUCAUCACAUGGAAUUCUGCAGACUUUAUCCAGAAUGCUCGGUCAUACCAAAGAUGCAUUUCAUGAUUCACAUGCCUACUCUAAUGCUCCGGUAUGUUGCACAUUUUUACUCUCCUCAAUUCGAUCAUACAACAACCUGUAAUUAAGUCAGAAUAUUAAGAAUUAAGGUCUGGCAUGUUCAAAAUUCAACAAGCGGCGACUUGCGUGUGCUAUUAUUUGCGUUGGUAAUACACAGUCAACUAAAAUCCAUGCUACCAUCAAUCGUGUGUUAAAUAUGUGGUAGCCUUAUGCCAAGUACCUUUAUGUUUCAGUCAUGGUCCUCUUCUUCGAGCUUGGUGCAUGCGUUAUGAGGCUAAACAUCAUUACUUUAAACACCUAUCGACGGUCAUUGGAAAUUACAAGAACCUCUCCUACACCUUGGCAAUGCGUCAUCAACACUGGCUCUGUUACAUGCAACAGACAGGCAAUCAUGAAUCCUCAUUCCUUGAAAAAGGAUUAGAAAUACAUUCAGGUAGAAAUUUGAUUCAUACACAUAUAUACCAGCAGCAGUGAAUAUACUGUACUCAAGUGAGUGCUGUAUUUAUUUAUUAUUAAUUUUGUAAAAAUAAUUUAAAGUGCUUCUGUUGUUUUCAAAACAGGUUCCAAAGUUUUUGCUGGUGAUCUUCGAUAUUUUAACGAAUUGCAUCAAAAAGUUGACCAGAUAAAUGAAAUAACUGAAAUCACAAAGUAAGUUUAUUGCACAGGAAUGAAGCUCAUGACGUGCUUAAUUUAUAUGAUUAUUGUAUGUACUCAAUUAGACUAAUUAUAAUCAAUACAAAUUUCCCACCUGCCCUAUCUCCUGGGUUCGAUUUCAUCAUGGAGGUGUGACUGCAAUGCAUGUAACUACAUUAAAUGAUCACUGUAUUCUUUAAAGGCCAAAAUCGAUUUCAGUACAUGGAACCACAUACAAAGUUGGAUGUGUGAUGUGGGUUGGGCUUGAUGAGGAAGAGAUGCCAUCCUUUGCACUGGUGAAAGAUAUCUGUGUGGUAGAAACCAACUUAAGUGGUAUAUGGUUUGUAACUGAGAUAUUGCAUACAGCAGCAUUUAGCAAGCACUUCAAUGCAUAUGAAGUAAAUAACACCAUAAAUUUAAGUGUUAUAAAACAACAAGAGCUUGUAUAUCCAUUGCCACUCCAUAUCAUCACAAUCAGGGACCAAGAAGAUGAAAAGCAUUUUGUUUGCCCGAAGUACCAGAUUCCAAGUGUCUAA